AUGUUUGUGUCCCUGCUGGGAUUCCGUACUGAGGCUGUUAGCAGGGCUAACUAGCUGAAUGUUAACCUGCGAGGAGGAAAGUGACGCAUAAACUUCGCAGAAAUGGCGGAUUUACAACCGCAGGACGACCUGCUGAAAAUGACCCACAGAGAAAACUGGAAGCUGCAGCACGAGCGUUUGCACGUGAAGCACAGAGGUCAUGAGGCCAUGCACGCGGAGAUGGUGCUCAUCCUCAUCGCCACACUGGUGGUGGCUCAGAUUGUCUUGGUGCAGUGGAAACAGCACCACCAUCGCUCCUACAACCUCGUCACUCUGCUCCAGAUGUGGGUGGUUCCUCUGUACUUCACCAUCAAACUCUACUGGUGGAGGUUUCUGUCCAUGUGGGGCAUGUUUUCAGUCAUCACCAGCUAUGUCAUCUUCAGAGCCACUCGCAAGCCGCUGGCCUGCAGGACGCCGAGGAUGGUGUACAAGUGGUUUCUGUUGAUCUACAAGCUGAGCUACGCAGUGGGAGUCCUGGGCUACCUUGCCAUCAUGUUCACCAUGUUCGGCUUCAAUGUUUUCUUCCGGAUAAAGGCUGAAGACUCUAUGGAUGUCGGUGUAGUCAUGCUGUUUUAUGGUCUUUACUACGGCGUGAUGGGCAGGGACUUCGCCGAAAUCUGCUCGGACUACAUGGCUUCUACCAUCGGGUACUACAAUAAGGGAGGAAUGCCAAGCAGGAAUCUAACCAUGGACAUCUGUGCCGUGUGUGGCCAGAAGAUUCUUGUGGAUAUUGAGGAGGAAGGAUUUAUAGAAGACACCUACCAGCUCUCCUGUGGGCACAUAUUCCAUGAGUUCUGCAUCCGUGGCUGGUGCAUUGUGGGUAAGAAGCAAACGUGCCCGUACUGCAAUGAGAAGGUUGACUUGAAGAAGAUGAUGAAUAACCCCUGGGAGAAGACACAUGUAUUGUACGGGCAGCUGCUUGAUUGGUUGAGAUACCUGGUUGCAUGGCAACCCAUCAUCAUUGGAAUUGUCCAUGGUAUUAAUUUCUCAUUGGGCCUAGAAUAGAGCCCUGAGUUCUGCCGCUGCAAGAAUUAUAAUCAUGUCAAGAGGAAGACACGAUUGGCAGCCAAACGUCAAUCUGAACACAGCACAGAACUGAUACAAGCUGUUUUUGAAGACUGGUCUCUUUAAAAUGUUAUUGGCCACUUUUUAUGGUUUUAAGGAUUUGUCUCUGCAGACAAACGUGAUCUCAAAAGUCAUGCAAGGUUCUAGAAAACAGUAUUUGAGUACUGUAUUAAUAAUAGCAUUUCAUCAAAAAGAACAAAACAUUGCCAACAUGUUUGAUAUUUUAAUUUAGAUCAUAAAGUAUUGCUUUGUAUUGUAUCUUAGAAAAGCAUUUUAAAACAUUUUGUUUGCACAACUUUAAAGCACCUGUCACACUCCGAGUGUGCUAGUCGAAUUUUAUUUGUUCAUUUUCAUGAACAGAAAGGCAUGAAAGCUUUGUUGCAAUCCCAGUAUUGGUGUGUUUAUAUAACUGAAGUUGGGGUUAUUUAUUAAAAUGAUUAUUCUGAUCAUAAGAGUUAGUUUGUUUACAAGCUAGCUAGAUGAUAGCUAGGCAAUGUAGGUAGCUCAGCAAGCAAGUAUAGACUGUGUAUUAUAUGAAUAAUUUUGUGAGCUGAAAAUCUUGUGAUUGUGAACUAUGGUCAUCAUUUCGGAAAGGUUAUAUGUCGGUAAUACAGGAUUUUGAAAAACGGGAUGAGUAACGGUUAGCUGCCAUUAUAGCUUGUUUUGGAUUUACAGGAGUUAAAUCAGUUAAAGUUAAAAUCGACGCCAUAUACAUUGGCAGAUAUCAAAACUGAGGGAUGCCUUUGCUUGAGUAAGAUAAAUGCAAGAACUUUGGUUUAAAAUCAUUCUUACAUCCUUUGGAAGAAAAAGCUAGCAGGUCUGCAAGGGAAGCUUGACCUGAACUUUAAUGCUUAAUGAUAGUAUUUGUUUUGUUAAAAAGUAGAAAUAAUUUAUUAAAAAUAAUGAAUCGUUGGCAGUGUUUUAAAUGAUACAAGUAUAAAACAGGUAAAUGAACAAAAAAGUAUUCUCAUUUUUAUCUUCUUGUAAAAGUUUGUCUUUAACAUUUGCUGUUUAUAGGUUUGAUUUGGGACAAACUUGGACUGAUUUGUGUUUUAAUGCGUGAAAGUGUGACUGUUCACGCUUUAUAAAGUUUGAACCGUCGGACUCUGGGCUUACAGUUAGGGACGGGGUGAAAAGCUUGAAUACCCAGGAGGAACCGCUGCGUCAAAAAGUCUGGGCAUCUGUUGAGGAUGUCCCCGGGGAAAAUCCAGGACACGCUGGAGGGGUUAUAUUUGCCAGUGAGCUUGGGAACGCCAUGGAUCCCUCCAGGAAAAGUUAUAAAACUUGUCUGGGGAUAGGGAAGUGUGGGAUGAGCUGCUUAGACUGGAUAAGUGGCAAAAAAAACAAUGGAAGUUUAAACCUCAGUUGUUAAUUUAUUUUAUUUUUUCAUGUUCAUAACAAAAUUACUAUUUAUGGGCUUUAACACCUGUUUAUUAUUUAUAUUUGUUUGUAAUGAUGAAUUUGAAAUGCUUUUUAGGUUUCAGGUGAUCAUACACAACAUUUUUGUUAAUGUGGUCCAUGUUUUAAUGCCUUGUAGCGUUAGUAUUUUCAAAAUAAAUGCCCAGCUUCACAAACAGAUUAAAUUUUAUUUUUAAUUUAAAGAAAUGUUAAAUCAUCUUUCUGCUGCUGCCAAAUGAAAUGGACAUAAUAAAUACUCAUAAAACCA